AAGCUGUCAACGUUUCCUUUAGUCCCCAGAAGCAGUGACAGCUUGCCAACACUUGGUGUCACAUGUGAGCCUCCCACAUGUGUUCACUCCAUUCCAGCUCUGUGAUUGAACUCUGCUCUUAUUGACUAGGGGGCACUUGGGCAGGCAUGCUUCAUUCCUGGAAUUGACAGUCAUUUCAUUUCUGAAUAAACUAACCGAAUAAGCACUUAUAAAACUUUAUCUUCUCUCACUGGCUUCAUUUGGCCUUCAGACAUAAUGAGGAGAUUGGCUUUUCGAGGCGCUGGUUGUGCUCUGGUAAAGCUGAAGAAGUUGGAUUCCAUGGGUUCCAAGAGAAGAAGAGCUACCUCCCCUUCCAGCAGUGUUAGUGGAGACUUUGAUGAUGGGCACCAUUCUGUACCCACACCAGGCCCAAGCAGGAAAAGGCGAAGACUGUCCAAUCUUCCAACUGUAGAUCCUAUUGCUGUGUGCCAUGAACUCUAUAACACCAUCCGGGACUAUAAGGAUGAGCAGGGCAGACUCCUCUGUGAACUGUUCAUCAGGGCACCAAAGCGGAGAAAUCAACCAGACUAUUAUGAAGUGGUUUCUCAGCCCAUUGACUUGAUGAAAAUCCAACAGAAACUUAAAAUGGAAGAGUAUGAUGACGUUAAUGUGCUUACUGCAGACUUCCAGUUGCUUUUUAACAAUGCAAAGGCCUAUUAUAAGCCAGAGUCCCCUGAAUAUAAAGCUGCUUGUAAACUCUGGGAUUUGUACCUUCGAACAAGAAAUGAAUUUGUUCAAAAGGGAGAAGCAGAUGAUGAAGAUGAUGAUGAAGAUGGACAAGACAAUCAAGGAACUGAAGGCUCUUCUCCAGGUUACCUAAAGGAGGUCCUAGAGCAGCUUCUUGAAGCCAUAGUUGUAGCCACAAAUCCAUCAGGACGGCUCAUCAGUGAACUUUUUCAGAAACUGCCUUCCAAAGUGCAAUAUCCAGACUAUUAUGCAAUAAUUAAGGAGCCUAUAGAUCUCAAGACCAUUGCUCAGAGAAUACAGAAUGGAAGCUACAAAACUGUUCAUGCAAUGGCCAAAGAUAUAGAUCUUCUAGCAAAAAAUGCCAAAACAUAUAAUGAGCCUGGUUCUCAAGUAUUCAAGGAUGCCAAUUCGAUUAAAAAAAUAUUUUAUAUGAAAAAGGCAGAAAUUGAACAUCAUGAAAUGGCUAAAUCAAGUCUUCGAAUAAGGACUGCAUCAAAUUUGGCUGCAGCCAGACUGACAGGUCCUUCGCACAGUAAAAGCAGCCUUGGUGAAGAAAGAAACCCCACUAGCAAGUAUUUCCGUAAUAAAAGAGCAGUCCAAGGAGGUCGCUUAUCAGCAAUUACCAUGGCGCUUCAGUAUGGUUCGGAAAGUGAAGAGGAUGCUGCUUUAGCUGCUGCACGUUAUGAAGAAGGGGAGUCUGAAGCCGAGAGCAUUACUUCCUUCAUGGAUGUUUCAAAUCCUUUUCAUCAGCUUUAUGACACAGUCAGGAGCUGUCGCAAUAACCAAGGGCAGCUAAUAGCCGAACCUUUUUUCCAUUUGCCUUCAAAGAAAAAAUACCCAGAUUAUUAUCAGCAGAUUAAAAUGCCCAUAUCACUUCAACAAAUCAGAACAAAGCUAAAAAACCAGGAAUAUGAAACUUUAGAUCAUCUGGAAUGUGAUCUGAAUUUAAUGUUUGAAAAUGCCAAACGCUAUAAUGUUCCCAAUUCAACUAUCUAUAAGAGAGUCCUGAAAUUGCAGCAAGUCAUGCAGGCAAAGAAGAAAGAGCUUGCCAGGAGAGAUGACAUUGAGGAUGGAGACAGCAUGAUCUCUUCAGCCACUUCUGAUACUGGUAGUGCCAAAAGAAAAAGGAAUACUCAUGACAGUGAGAUGUUGGGUCUCAGGAGGCUAUCCAGUAAAAAGAACAUAAGAAAACAGCGAAUGAAAAUUUUAUUCAAUGUUGUUCUUGAAGCUCGAGAGCCAGGUUCAGGCAGAAGACUUUGUGAUCUAUUUAUGGUUAAGCCAUCCAAGAAGGACUAUCCUGAUUACUAUAAAAUCAUCUUAGAGCCAAUGGACCUGAAAAUAAUUGAGCAUAACAUCCGAAAUGACAAAUAUGCAGGUGAAGAAGGAAUGAUGGAAGACAUGAAACUCAUGUUCCGAAAUGCCAGGCACUACAAUGAGGAGGGCUCCCAGGUAUACAAUGAUGCCCAUAUCCUGGAGAAGUUACUUAAAGAUAAACGGAAAGAGUUGGGACCACUACCUGAUGAUGAUGACAUGGCUUCUCCCAAACUUAAACUGAGUAGAAAAAGUGGUGUUUCUCCUAAAAAAUCAAAGUACAUGACUCCAAUGCAGCAGAAACUAAAUGAAGUAUAUGAAGCUGUAAAGAACUACACAGAUAAGAGAGGUCGCCGGCUCAGUGCUAUAUUUCUAAGACUCCCCUCUAGAUCAGAGCUACCUGACUACUAUCUGACCAUUAAAAAGCCCAUGGACAUGGAAAAAAUCCGAAGUCACAUGAUGGCAAACAAGUACCAAGAUAUAGAUUCUAUGGUAGAGGACUUUGUCAUGAUGUUUAAUAAUGCCUGUACCUACAAUGAGCCAGAGUCUUUGAUCUACAAAGAUGCUCUUGUCCUACAUAAAGUUCUCCUUGAAACUCGGAGAGACCUGGAGGGAGAUGAGGAUUCUCAUGUCCCAAAUGUGACCUUGCUGAUUCAAGAACUUAUCCAUAAUCUUUUUGUGUCAGUCAUGAGUCAUCAGGAUGAUGAAGGAAGAUGUUACAGUGACUCCUUAGCAGAAAUUCCUGCUGUGGAUCCAAACUUUCCCAACAAACCUCCCCUUACCUUUGACAUUAUUAGGAAGAAUGUUGAGAGUAAUCGCUAUCGGCGACUUGAUUUAUUUCAGGAGCAUAUGUUUGAAGUAUUGGAAAGGGCAAGAAGGAUGAACCGGACAGAUUCUGAGAUUUAUGAAGAUGCAGUAGAGCUUCAGCAGUUUUUUAUUAGAAUUCGUGAUGAACUCUGCAAAAAUGGAGAGAUCCUUCUUUCUCCGGCACUCAGCUAUACCACAAAACAUUUGCAUAAUGAUGUGGAAAAAGAAAAAAAAGAAAAAUUACCUAAGGAAAUAGAGGAAGAUAAACUAAAACGAGAAGAAGAAAAAAGAGAAGCUGAAAAAAGUGAAGACUCCUCAAGUACUGCAGGCCUCUCAGGCUUACAUCGCACAUACAGCCAGGACUGUAGCUUUAAGAAUAGCAUGUAUCAUGUUGGAGAUUAUGUCUAUGUUGAACCUGCAGAGGCCAAUCUACAGCCACAUAUAGUCUGUAUUGAGAGACUGUGGGAGGAUUCAGCUGGUAAGUUUGAAUACUUUAAAUUAUGCCCAGAAAACUUUCGAGAUGAGGAUGUUUUUGUCUGUGAAUCAAGAUAUUCUGCCAAAACAAAAUCUUUUAAGAAAAUUAAGCUGUGGACAAUGCCCAUCAGCUCAGUUAGGUUUGUCCCUCGGGAUGUGCCCUUACCUGUGGUUCGAGUGGCUUCCGUAUUUGCAAAUGCAGAUAAAGCAGAUGAUGAGAAGAACACAGACAACUCAGAGGACAGUCGAGCAGAAGACAAUUUUAACUUGGAAAAGGAAAAAGAAGAUGUUCCUGUGGAUAUGUCCAAUGGUGAACCAGGUUGCCACUACUUUGAGCAGCUUCAUUACAAUGACAUGUGGCUGAAGGUUGGCGACUGUGUCUUCAUCAAAUCCCAUGGCUUGGUGCGCCCUCGUGUGGGCAGAAUUGAAAAAGUAUGGGUUCGAGAUGGAGCUGCAUACUUUUAUGGCCCCAUCUUCAUUCAUCCAGAAGAAACAGAACAUGAGCCCACAAAAAUGUUCUACAAAAAAGAAGUGUUUCUGAGUAAUCUGGAAGAAACCUGCCCCAUGAGUUGUAUUCUGGGAAAAUGUGCUGUGUUGUCAUUCAAGGACUUCCUCUCCUGCAGGCCAACUGAAAUACCAGAAAAUGACAUUCUGCUUUGUGAGAGCCGCUAUAAUGAGAGUGACAAGCAGAUGAAGAAAUUCAAGGGGUUGAAGAGGUUUUCACUCUCUGCUAAAGUUGUAGAUGAUGAAAUUUACUACUUCAGAAAACCAAUCAUUCCUCAGAAAGAACCCUCACCUUUGUUGGAAAAGAAGAUACAAUUGCUAGAAGCUAAGUUUGCUGAGUUAGAAGGUGGAGAUGAUGAUAUUGAAGAGAUGGGAGAAGAGGAUAGUGAGGUCAUUGAACCUCCAUCUCUACCUCAGCUUCAGACUCCCCUGGCCAGUGAGCUGGACCUCAUGCCCUACACACCCCCGCAGUCUACCCCAAAGUCUGCCAAAGGCAGUGCAAAGAAGGAAAGUUCUAAACGGAAAAUCAACAUGAGUGGCUACAUUCUGUUCAGCAGUGAAAUGAGAGCUGUGAUUAAAGCCCAACACCCAGACUACUCUUUCGGGGAGCUCAGCAGACUGGUGGGGACAGAGUGGAGAAACCUUGAGACAGCCAAGAAAGCAGAAUAUGAAGAGCGGGCAGCUAAAGUUGCUGAGCAGCAGGAGAGAGAGCGAGCAGCACAGCAACAGCAGCCGAGUGCUUCUCCCCGAGCAGGCACCCCUGUGGGGGCUCUCAUGGGGGUGGUGCCACCACCAACACCAAUGGGGAUGCUCAAUCAGCAGUUGACACCUGUUGCAGGCAUGAUGGGUGGCUAUCCGCCAGGCCUUCCACCUUUGCAGGGCCCAGUUGAUGGCCUUGUUAGCAUGGGCAGCAUGCAGCCACUUCACCCUGGGGGGCCUCCACCUCACCAUCUUCCGCCAGGUGUUCCUGGCCUCCCAGGCAUCCCACCACCCGGUGUGAUGAAUCAAGGAGUAGCCCCCAUGGUAGGGACUCCAGCACCAGGUGGAAGUCCGUAUGGACAACAGGUAGGAGUUUUGGGGCCUACAGGGCAGCAGGCACCACCUCCAUAUCCUGGUCCUCAUCCAACUGGCCCCCCUGUCAUACAGCAGCCAACAACACCCAUGUUUGUGGCUCCCCCACCAAAGACCCAAAGACUUCUCCACUCAGAGGCCUACUUGAAAUAUAUUGAAGGACUCAGUGCUGAAUCCAACAGCAUUAGCAAGUGGGACCAAACUCUGGCAGCUCGAAGACGGGAUGUCCAUUUAUCGAAAGAACAGGAGAGCCGCCUGCCUUCUCACUGGCUCAAAAGCAAAGGGGCACACACCACCAUGGCAGACGCCCUCUGGCGCCUCCGGGAUUUGAUGCUUCGAGACACUCUCAACAUUCGACAAGCAUACAACCUAGAAAAUGUUUAAUCACAUCACUGUGUUUCUUCUGUAGAAGCAAAGAGUUGUGGAACGGUAGCCAUUUUAGUUACUGGGGGUGGGAGGGAAGAACAAAGGAUGAUAAUUUUUAUUGCAUUUUACUGUACAUCACAAGGUCAUUUUUAUAUAAGGACACUUUUAAUAAGCUAUUUCAAUUUGGUUUUGUUAUAUUAAGUUGACUAUCAAAUACACAAAGAUUUUUUUUGCAUACAUUUCCUUUGUUUAAAACCAGUUUCAUAAUUGGUUAUAUAUAGUCAUAGUUUUAUCUUUACUUUUUAAGGGAUUUAAAUCAUCAAAGGUUUUGGCUUGGCUUGGGGUUUUGAUUUUCUUUUUUAUAAAUAUAUAUAUAUUAUAUACACACAUAUAAGAAAAAACAAUGAAAAAAGUUUACAACUAGUUUAAAUUGACAAUGAAAUGUGCAGUUGGUCCUAGUUUACAUCUUAGGGAGUGUAUAUGUAUGUUUCACAUGCCUAAAUAUCUGCAAGUUUUCUUACAGGUGAAGUGCUUUGUGAGAUUGUUUAGACUGUAGAUAUGUGACAGAAUCAACAUAUUUGCUGUUAUUAACACAGAAGCUCACCAUAGAAAUCUAAAGUCAGUGCUCUGUACCCAUCCACAACUAGUAUAACUGAAGGAGAAGUAAUUGUGCUGAGUUAGACCUGUAUUGUCAGUGACUUUUGCAGAACACGUGCUCAGAUCUGAGUUGUUUAGUUUUGGAAGGUAAGUUCAAGAGUACUUUUGAUCUGUUUAUGAUUCAGUUUAUGCCUUCAUGUUAUAUGAUUUGAAACUAUAUGUUACCUUGAAAACACUGAAGAAAGUACUGAAGUAUGCAUGGAGGUGGUUUAUUUGAAAUAUAAUACCUAGUCUAAGAAAGAGUGUAAAUGGACACCAGCUUUGCCUUGCACAUAAUUGUGCCAAGGGUAGAUUGCCUACAUAUGCAGAUGCUGUGGAUUCUUUAUCUCCUUGUUACUGGUUGUGGUGUUUUGUUUGUUUGAGGGUUGGAAUUCUCAACCAGAAAUGAUACUUUCUAAAAUGCUUUGAAAUUCAGCUUGUCCUUUGGAUUAUAGGAAAAGGAAAAUAUACUUUAAGAAAAUGUUCACAAAAAAAAGACUAUUACAGAUCCCAAACACUUGGACUUGGUUACCUUGUCUUUCUUUCUUUUCUUUUCUUUUGAGACAUGGUCUCACUAUGUGCUUUGGCUGGAGUGGAACUGUGUAGACCAGAGUAGCCCCAAACUCAGUCGUCCUGCCUCUUCCUCCCAAAUGCUGAGAUUAAAGGCGGGUGCUGUAACACUCAGCAGCCACAGCACCCUGUCUUUCUAACAUGGCCCUAGAAUAAACAUUUUGAGGCAGUGUACAAUGUUCAGGUGACAGCAUUUCACAUGGUGGUCUGUUUUUUAAACCUGCUUUAUUCUAAUAGGAUGUUUGUGUUGUGUGGAUACUUCCACUCUCCACUGAGAAUGAUUGUUAAGACAGUCUUUUCCUUUAAAUGCAACGAAUCAGUACUCAUGUUUAACUGCCAUGCUUAAUAAAUCAUGAGAGUAUAUAAUGGAAAGAAGUCCCUGGUACCUACUUUAAAUACAGGAACCCUUGUAACUUAAUGCCAAUAGUCAACCACUGGAUCUCAAUUUUCAUCGAGUAUUUUAAAGAAUUUUAAAUUCUAAAAAAGUACUGACAGAUUUUGCCAGUACUUUAUUGCUAAACUGAAUUAAAUAAGUCUUUGAUUCCUGGUUAUUUGGACCAUUGACUCAUCAUGGACUAUGUAAUGAUCAGAUUCUUUUCUUUUUAGUUAUCCUUGAAUUACACCAAAGAACCAGAAACUUAAUUUUGGUUAAAUUAUUUAUUUAUUUCAUGCAUUCAUAUUAUUUCCCUUUUUAAAGGUUUAGAUGAGGCUCCCUGAGGAGCCUCUAAAAACCCUCCCCUGUCAGCAACCAGAGGCACUAGAAGACAGAGCACUCCCUCCUGGCUCCUUCCCAGUGCACUGGUGCUGUAGGAACCAAGAGCCAGCCCAGGUUCCCUUAGGCAGUACAAAUCCAGCACAGGGUGUCAACUGAGGCAGGCCCUGAUGAAGUUUAAAAAACAAUUAGUUAAUUAAUUAAAACCAUUUAAGAUACUAUUUAUUUUAGAAUCAUGCUUCUGGAGAAUACAAGUUAUUACUUAGAAUAUAAGAUUUGAGGUCAGCCAUCUUCAAAAAAAGAAAAAGCCCUGACUUAAUGCAGUACAAGUAAACAAUACACUUUCUCAUGACUUAAGAAAUGUAGAAAUAUGGCUUAAGAAAUACUUGUUUUCAAAAUGUAAGUUCCUAUGAAGAAUAUUGUUUAUAUUGAGUUGGGGGGGCCUAUAGGUUUAAAAUGUCAGCCAACUGAUUUCAAAGACCUUGGUUUUACUAUACCUGCCUUCCCCUUCUGAACUGGGAUCGGGGGAGGAAUACUUGUGUAAAACCCUCAGAUUGAUGUCACAACUUUCAGCUUGAACGUUCGUUUCCAGACAUGAUUAAAAAUUGGUUUAUUCUGUUUUCUGUACUAUAUCAUUAUCUGAAGUUUAAGUGGUAACUGGUUCUGUACCAUGUAUGUAUCAUAUGUUUGUUCAUCAAAGCUUUUUAAUCCAAAUAAAAACAAGAGUUUGCAAA